UAAAUCCCCGAUAAUUAAUUGCAAGUAAAUUAUAUAAUGUUGCACUGCAGCUUAAGCUUGAGGAAAAAUGAAAGUGUCGAGGAGGAGGACUCUAAGGCACGCACAGAUCACGUGAGACGAUUUUUCACCUUUGCCUCUCUCUCCUCCGAGGACCACCAAUUUAUCGCCGAGUAUUUAUUUUCUCAUUUCCUCGGCUUCCACUCAUCUUCCCGAUUUUGACCUCUCCCAAGAAAUCUCCGAUCUGUGUUGAAAUAAAGCGAUUUUGAUUUGAGUAGUAAAUUUGAAGAAGAGGAAGAAGAAGAAAUGGUUAGAGGAAGAGAUGCAUGUUGGGAACACUGUGUGCUUGUUGAUGCAAAUAGACAGAAAGUUAGGUGUAAUUACUGUGAGAGAGAGUUCAGUGGUGGAGUUUAUAGGAUGAAGUUUCACUUAGCUCAAAUUAAGAACAAAGACAUUGUCCCAUGUACUCAUGUCCCAACCCAUGUCCAAAACCGUAUUCUAACAAUCUUAAACACUCCCAAGAAACAUGUUAAAACUACUAAGAAACAUAAGCUCAAUCAUGCGGCUGCGGCGGUGGAAGCUGUGGCUGCUUCUAAUGGCAGACAACAUAGCUCUUCUGCUAGUGGUGGCUUCCAACCCCACCAUGGAUCUAGUGGUCAUAAUGGCAGCAUUUGUCCUUCCCCAAGUGAGCAACCACCAGUGGUGGAUGUAGAUGAUGCUGAAAAGCGAAAACAAGACGAUGCUGAUAAGAAGAUUGCGGUUUUUUUCUAUAGUAAUUGUAUCCCUUUUGGUGCUGCUAAAUCGUUGUGCUAUCAGGAAAUGGUUGAUGCUAUAGUGGAGUGUGGGGUGGGAUAUAGAGCCCCUAGUUAUGAGAAAUUGAGAUCUUCUUUGUUGGAAAAAAUGAAGGGUGAGUUGCAUGAUUGUUAUAAGAAAUAUAGAGAGGAGUGGAAAGAAACUGGCUGUACUAUUUUAUGUGAUAGUUGGUCUGAUGGUGGGACUAAAUCACUUGUUGUGUUCUCAGUUACUUGCCCGAAGGGGACAUUGUUUCUGCGAUCGGUUGAUGUGUCAGCUAAUUGGGAUGAUUCUAAUUACAUGUUUGGGUUGCUAGAGUCUCUUGUAUUGGAGGUUGGUGUGGAAAAUGUCGUUCAAGUUAUAACUGAUACAGCACCCAGUUUUCUCUAUGCUGGCAGGCUUCUCAUGGUCAGGUACAAUUCAUUGUUUUGGUCUCCUUGCGCAUCUUGUUGCAUUGAUAAGAUUUUGGAGGAUAUUGGUAACAUAGAUUGGGUGAAUACAGUUUUGGAGGAGGCAAAGACCAUAACCAGGUAUCUUUAUGGCCAAUCAUGGACUCUGAAUAUGAUGAGAAAGUUCACUGGUGGAAUGGAAUUAAUCCGACCACGAAUUAGUAGAUAUGUGACUUAUUUCCUCUCCUUGAGGUCUAUUGUGAUCCAGGAAGACAAUUUAAAGCACAUGUUUUCUCAUACAGAGUUGUUAUCUUCCAAGUACAGUAGACAAUCCGAGGCUCAAGCUAUAAAGUCAUUACUGUAUUUAGACAGAUUUUGGAAGUAUGCCCACGAGGCUGUUAGUGUGUCUGAGCCAUUUGUUAAGAUCCUAAGAAUUGUUGAUGGAGACAUGCCAGCUAUGGGAUACAUGUACGAAGGAAUAGAGAGGGCAAAGGUUAGCAUAAAAGCCUACUAUAAGGGUGUUGAAGAGAAAUACAUGCCGAUUUGGGAUAUAAUUGAGCGAAGAUGGAACGGGCAGCUUAAUUCAUCCUUGCAUGCAGCUGCAGCAUUCCUAAAUCCUUCAACAUUUUACAAUCCAAAUUUUAAGAUUAAUUUAAGUGUGAGGAAUGGAUUUCAAGAAGCUAUGUUGAAAAUGGCUAUCACAGAUAAUGAUAAGAUGGAAAUAACAAAGGAAAGUCCUGUCUAUAUUGGUGCUCAGGGUGCUCUUGGGACUCAGUUUGCAAUCAUGGGAAGGACACUAAAUGCCCCAGGUGAUUGGUGGGCAGGAUAUGGCUAUGAAAUCCCCACACUUCAAAGAGCUGCACUGCGCAUAUUGAGCCAACCGUGCAGCUCACAUUGCUGCAGGUGGAAUUGGACGACAUUUGAGAGCUUACACAACAAGAAGCGUAGCAGUGCAGAACUUGAAAAGUUGAAUGAUUUGGUAUUUGUCCAUUGUAAUUUAUGGCUGCAAACUAUUUUUCAAAGCAGAAGUGGAAAAUCCAAACCUAUCACCUUCGAGGAAAUAGAUGUUAGCUCUGAAUGGCCUUCUGAGUUGGACCCUUCUACCCCUCUUUUGGAUGAUUCAUGGUUGGACAGUAUACCCCUUGAUUGUACAGCUAUUCCCUAACGAAAUCAAACAUCAGGGUAUAUAUACGGUUGUGCAUAUUUGUAUCAUAGUGUAUAAAAUGGACUUAUUUUCAACUCAAGCAUUUUGUGAUUUUUGUUGCUUA